AUGGCCUGGAGUUUCCACGGGAAAGCCCAGCUUGGGGGACUGCUCCUCUCCCUCUUCGGCUGGGUCUGCUCAUGUGUCACCACCAUCCUGCCCCAGUGGAAGACUCUCAAUCUGGAACUGAACGAAAUGGAGACCUGGAUCAUGGGGCUUUGGGAGGUCUGCGUGAAUCAGGAGGAAGUUGCCGUGUGCAAGGCCUUUGAGUCCUUCUUGUCUCUGCCCCAGGAGCUCCAGGUAUCCCGAAUCCUCAUGGUAGCCUCCCACGGGCUGGGGCUACUGGGGCUCCUGCUCUCUGGCUGUGGGUCCGAAUGCUUCCAGUUUCACAGGAUCAGAUGGGUAUUUAAGAGGCGGCUCUGCCUCCUGGGAGGGACUUUGGAAACAUCUGCUUCAGCCACUACCCUCUUUCCAGUCUCCUGGGUAGCCUACGCCACGAUCCAAGACUUCUGGGAUAACAGCAUCCCUGAGAUUGUGCCUCGCUGGGAGUUUGGAGAUGCCCUCUACCUGGGCUGGGCUGCUGGUGUUUUCCUGGCCCUUGGUGGGUUACUCCUCAUCUUCUCAGCCUGUCUGGGAAAAGAAGACGUGCCCUCUCUCCAGAUGGCUGGCCCUAGACCCCCGCCGUUCUGUGCCCCAGCAAAUGAGUCCAAUGACUCCUUCUAUCUAACACCAAGACCUAGGAACCUGUUCAUCUAG